UGGGUGGUAGUGGCGAAAAGGUGGCGGCAACCACUGUAUGUGGUGGCUGUGAUGAUGUUAUAUGGUGGUUGUGGUGGUGGUCAUGGUGGCAGCGGUGACAAGGAUAUGUGGUGGUAACAUGUGUUGGUGAUUGCCACACAUGGUUGAGUUUUUUUCUUUUUUUUUUUUUUUUUUUUUUUUAAAUUCUCACACAUGUUUCAUGUAAAUUUGAAAAUAACACGUAUUUACAUGAAAUUUAAACUUGGGAACUGGAGGUUCCAAAUUCCAAUUUUUUUUUUUCAUGCGAAAAUCUCAAAUUUUAUGUGUAUAUAUGAAUCCAAACAAGAAAAUUAUGCAUGACAAUUUAUAAAUUCUGAUUUUUAUCCAAAUUCUAAGUUUAUUUCUCUUAUUCAAACAUAAUUAUGGCAGUAAAAAAAUUCUCGUCUAUCUGUAUAUAUGGUAAUAACUAUAAAGUAGGUUAGGCAUACCAUUAUAACGUUACCAUUCCACGGUAGUGAAAAGUAUUUUUUUUUGGUUUAAGGCCACCUUUUAAAGACUGGUUUCGAUUUCAUUCUAUAAUUUCCAUCAUACCUGCACACUCAAGACAUGAAGACCCUCACUAGCAUUCUGCUUCUUUGUGUUCUUGCAUUCUUCGUAAUCUGCAUGUCAAUAGAACCCCAUAACUUCUACGGUACCGAAUACAACGUUCGAGUCAUCAACGGCUUCACGAACAACUCGUCCCUGCCGUUGGUGAUUUGGUGUGCAUCACAGCACAGUGACCUUGGUGGACGUGCACUUCAGGAGCAUGAAGAUUUUAGCUGGAGCCUGAGGACCAAUCUCUGGGGCACUACUGACCGUUUCAAAUGUACCAUGAAAUGGGACCGAAUAAGGAGGAGUUUUGAGGCGUUUAAGGCCCCGAGGGAUUUUCAGAGGUGCGGUCCUUUUAGGAAGUGUUCUUGGUUAGUCAGAGAAGACGGGUUUUAUUUCAGCAAUGAUGAAGUAAGUUGGAAAAAAGAUUUUUCAUGGUUGUAAGGUAUUAUUUGUAUUUGAGAGGAGUAAUUUUUAUAAUUAACAAACUGCAUGGAGCUAGUACUUCAAUAAUAUAAAGGGUAUUUGUUUCUGGGUUUCUUUUA